AUGUCAAACGAAGGUCCUUCAAAUGCUGCCCCUCCAACCAUCUCACCCUCAGAGGACCAAAAGAGCCCCUUCUACUUUCACCACAGUGACAAUGCCAACAUUAUGGUUGUCACCUGUCCUCUCACUGAUCCAAACUACCUAUCUUGGCAUCGAUCUUUCACUUUAGCCAUUUUUGUGAAAAAUAAGCUUGGGUUUCUGGAUGGCAGUAUAUCAACACCAGAUUUGACCGAUUCUCUCUACAUUCCCUGGUUACGCUGCAACAACCUUAUACUCUCAUGGUUGCUCAACUCCAUAUCAAAAGAAAUAGCCUCCAACGUUCUUUACAUCAGUUCAGCCAAGGAUGUGUGGGAAAAAUUGAAGACCAGAUUUGCUCAGCCCAAUAAUGUGAGGAUUUAUCAUCUUCAACAACAACUCGGUACCAUCAUGCAAGGCACUCAUAUAGAAUUAGAUUAUGUUUUUAAAUUUCUUAUGGGUUUGAAUGACACAUAUGACCAUGUUAGGGGAAAAAUUAUACUAAUGAGUCCCAUGCCAUCUUUAGACAAGACUUUAUCUCUGGUCUUGCAAGAGGAAAGGCUGUGGCAAAUUAGGACUUUAGUCAUGCCAGUUCCUGAACCAUCAGCUUUGGCUAUUUUUAAUGGUAAUUCUAGAAGGAAAGAGAGGUCUUAG